AUGGAUUUUAUGAUUUAUGGGAAGAUGGUUGAACCCGAAUACACUCAAUAUGAUGAUACCCGCACCAGUUACGAGGAACCGGCCGAUUUUUUCGAAGACAGUGUAAUGGGAAUAGGAAGUAAUAGCGGAACGAUGUUGACAGGGCAUCUGAACUGUGGUAAUACGUACAACAGCAACCCUUGGGUGACUGAUGUGGCAACAAGCACCCAGGCUCAACUGGGACCGUAUUUGUCAUACCCAACGAACGGCGGAUACGGUGGAAGCAUAUACCGUUGCGACAAUAGGAUGACACAAGGCUCUAUGGAUCUCUCGGGGGCUAUUGGAAAUGAGGUUAAUGGGACUUACAUGGAUCCAACGAUCGAGCUUUCGGGCUACAACUAUAACAUGGACGCCUUACCGAUGCCGAACCACUACACUCAGAAUCUGUUACUUCCGUUCAACUCGACAUCAUCGUUGAAUUCGAUGAACUCUGUUAACGCAUUAAAUACAUAUACAUCAGCAUCAGAAUUGGGUGCAGAAGGCUAUUCCGCCUCUGGAGGGUCUAUGGCCCCUGGAGGGUCUAUGACUCUAGGAUACCCGUCUCCUAUAUCGCAUCGUCAAUCACCAUUGCAGAUACAACAACAAAAGGCUAGAUUGAAGAUUAAAACCGAAAAAACCGACACAAAGAAGCGCUACAGGAUCAUCAGAGGCGUAUCAGCAGGAGGGUGUUCGACUAGGCCUCCCAAGUACCUCGUAGACUCCAACGCUCUAUACUUACCAAUAGAGUUGCAUAUUAAUGGCGCUUUAGUCGAAGAGAUAUGCUAUCCUCCUUGGAAUGCAUCUGAAAAGGAGGAUCGCCGAAGGAUUAUACGUAUCGAACGGGUCCAGAAUGGGCACAAAUUGCUGGCCAAUUUUUCUAUCGUAGGAGGAGCUAACGAAAAUCCUAUAACUUUACCGGCACCACCAGAUACCGACGUCAUCGAAGUGUCGUGUUUGGAAUGCACUACGAUUUUAUCCGAGGCUGACGUUCAAAGUGCCAGCGACGAUGAUCUGACUAUUCCGAUCAACGGCGUUCGUGACGGUAAGUAUAACCAGUACUAUAUCACAUCGGUAGAAGUGAUCGAAAUAGUUGAAUUACUCAUUGGUACCCAAUCGAUGGACCCAGCUGAUAGAAGGAAAGAAAGAGGCAGAAUAAGAUCUAACUUGGUUCCGUUCUGGUCCAGGAAACCCAUUUCUUCCCGGAUGCAAGAUAUCCCUUCAACACAUACUUCCAGAUCGCCGAACUACCUCGGUAAAGACACCCAUCUCACGAAUCAAGAUUAUAGAUUCGAAUUGGCUAAAAGAAUAAUGGCAUAUGAAAUCAGGAAACCUAGGGGUUUCGACAAGGAAGUGAGGAUCCUCAGAUGGGAUAAAUUGAUCCCUGCUUUGAAAAGAGCAUUACAAACCUACUACACCGAAAUACCUGGUUCUGAUUCUUCUAUAGAUUUCUCUUAA